AGCAGGGCCAAGGGCCAGCAUGCGGUAGGCGCCCGUGCCGCCAAGGCAGGAGGAAAGCAGGCAGGAAGGCAGGCGCAGGGAGUGUGCUGUGGGCUGGAGCCGCCUGUCAUGUUGGUCAAGCUGCUCUUCCAGGCUGCCUGUGCGUCCUUGUUCCUCCAAAGCGGCCAGGGCAGGGUUUACCCUGGGAGGAAGAAGCCAGCCAACUUUGCUGUGGAGAGGCGCCGCAUGGGGCCGCACGUCUGCUUCUCGGGCUUUGGCAGUGGAUGUUGCCCUGGAUGGAUGCUGUCACCAGGCAGCGGGCAGUGCACCCUGCCACUCUGUGCCUUCGGCUGCGGCAGUGGCUUGUGCAUCGCCCCUAAUCUCUGCUCUUGCCUGGAUGGAGAGCAAGGCAUCACUUGCCCAGAGCCACCUGGGACAUGCGGGGAGUAUGGCUGCGACCUUUCCUGUAACCAUGGUGGGUGCCAAGAGGUGGCCCGUGUCUGCCCCCUUGGCUUCUCCAUGGUGGAGACGGCCAAUGGUGUCCGCUGUACUGACAUCAACGAAUGCCUGAGUGCUGCCUGUGAAGGGCUCUGUGUCAACACCAAGGGUGGCUUCGUCUGCGAGUGUGGCCGCGGCAUGCAGCUCUCCGCCGACCGCCACAGCUGCCAGGAUACGGAUGAGUGCCUUGCGACGCCAUGCCAGCAUCACUGCAAGAAUAGCAUUGGCAGCUACCACUGCUCCUGCCGGCCUGGCUACCACCUUCAUGGCAACAGGCACUCCUGCGUGGAUGUCAAUGAGUGCUGGCAGCCAGGAGCGAGACGGGCCUGCCAGCAUGCCUGCCACAACACACCAGGCAGCUAUCUGUGUUCCUGCCGCCCCGGGUACCGUCUCAGUGGGGACAGGGUGUCCUGCGAAGGCUUCCCCAAAUCCGUCCUGGUCCCGUCACCCAUCUUGCAGUCCCUGCAGCACCCUCCCACUCUCCUCCUGCUCCCUCCUGGACCUGAAAGACCCCUCCUAAUCCCAAGGGGCUCCCCUUCUCCCCUUCUGCCAGCCCCAGCACCGGGCACCCAAGCCCCUUUCUCCCCUGCUGCCCUUACAUCCCCAGAUGCUAUUUUGUCACUGCAUACAGAGGGGGCUCCUGGCACCUUGGUGCCAUCGCCUGCCUUGCCAGCUCCCUACUGCUGGCACCGGGGAGCCCCUCAGAAGCACGGCACCCACUGGAUGGAGUCGGGCUGCCUGAGCUGUGCCUGCCAAGGAGGGCAAGUGCUCUGUGAGCCUGUGAGCUGCCAGGUAGUAUGCUCUCACCCACUGCCUGCCCCGGACGGGGGUUGUUGCCCCAGCUGUGCAGGCUGUCUGCAUGAUGGGGUGGCCCGGGCUGAGGGCGACAUCUUCUCCCUGCCAGACAGGAACUGCACCGUCUGUGUCUGCCUGGCCGGCAAUGUCUCCUGCAUCUCCCCAGAGUGCCCUCCAGGUCCCUGCCCCACUGCCUCGAUGGCUGACUGCUGCUUCUGCCAGCCAGCAAAAUGCAAUUUUCGCGGCCGCACGUACGUGCAUGGAGCCCAGUUCAGCUUGGAUGGGGAUGACUGCACCACCUGUGUCUGCCAGAGUGGUGAGGUGGAGUGCUCCUUUGCCCCGUGCCCUGCGCUGGACUGCCCUCAGCACGAGUGGCACCUGGGCCCGGGGCAGUGCUGCUUUGCCUGCCUGGACCCCCCAUCCCCCUCAGGUUGCUUUGUGGAUGACAACGGGGUUGAGUUUCCUGUCGGACAGAUCUGGUCUCCGGGCGAUCCCUGUGAGUUAUGCAUCUGCCAGGCAGAUGGCUCCGUGAGCUGCAAGCGGACAGACUGCGUGGAGACAUGUCCUUACCCCAUCCAGAUCCCCGGGCAGUGCUGUCCUGACUGCUCAGCAGGCUGCACCUACAUGGGAAGGAUCUUUUACAACAAUGAGACAUUCCCAUCUGUCCUGGACCCCUGUCUAAGCUGCAUCUGCCUGCUGGGCUCAGUGGCCUGCUCGCCUGUGGACUGUGCCAUCUUCUGCACAUACCCGUUCCACCCAGAAGGGGAGUGCUGCCCCAUCUGUAGCGAUUGCAACUACGAGGGCAGGAAAGUCAUGAAUGGCCAGACAUUCAGCCCUGAGGGUGACCCCUGCACCUACUGCACAUGCCAGCUUGGGGAGGUGACCUGCGAGAAGAGACUGUGUCCCCAGUCCUGUGCAGAGCCCACCAUGCUCCCAGCUGCCUGCUGCCCACCUUGCCAAGCAGAUGCCGAGGUCCUGCUGAAGAGCAGCGACCCAUCCCCAUCCCCCAAGGACUCGCCUGCCAGCACCCUGCAUCCCAGUGUCACACCAUCCCCUGGUUCCCCACGCCGCCUGGCCCAGCUUCUGCUCCGCACCAGCCUGCCUCUUCUGGAUAAUCGGCCCCCCAGUGCAGCAGCUGACAGCCCCUUUCUGGGCACCAAAGUGCCUGGGGAGUCCCCUACGACUGGGCUGAGCCCUCUGGAGUGCCCGAGGGGGCCAUUGGCAGCCCUUCUGCCCACUGCUGUCCCAGGACCUGCUGGCUUCCUUGGCACUAUGGCCCCUGAGGGCAGCCCCAGCUUGAGCCCCAAAGCUCAAGGAUCCCCCGAGGAUGUGGACCACUCACCUGUGCCACCAUCCAGCAAGGAGCAGCCCAGAGUCCUUGAGACUCCCUAGAGUGCCAGGUGUUGCACAUGCCUGGUACAGUGUGAGGAGGAGGAGGAGGCCUGCAGAACCAGCAGGCCUGGCCUGGCAGGUCCCUGGGGGAUGGGUGGGUGUCUGGGGCACUAAGGCAUGUGAGUCUCCACACUUAACACACAGGGAGGGUGAGGGUCCUUGCUCCCAUGCAAAGGGGCAGAGGGUGUGCAGACCCCAAGGACCUCCAGUGCCAUGGUCCUCCAACUCCUCACUGCACUGACAGGUGGGUGGCCGCGGGGUGGGACUGGACCUGAAUGCUACCCCUAGCUGGGUUGUGCAAGAUGAGGAGGUAGAAGAUGUUCCUGGCUGGGGGUACUGCCAAGCUGGGUGCCCCAUACCAGCCCCCAGUCGCUGCAGCCUGGCACUGUGAUCCACAAGGUCCUUGGUGGCUGCCCUUGCACCCAUCAUGAGCGAGGGGGCAGGCUGGCCUUCUUCCCCCUGAUGGACAAGCACAGGCUUGGGCCAUGGUUCCCCUUGCAGCAUCAAUAAAAUUGCCCUGGUAUUUA